GGAGAUCUGAGUCGGUUUUCUAGAAUCACACAACGUCAUGCCUUGCAGCAGGCCAACCAAAGGGCUAUGGUCAAUGUUUCGGCAACCUAGCAACGCUGUUUUGGGGGCGCCUUAAUCUAUCUUGCCGAGAGAUUGGAAUAUCAUAUUUGAGCCCGUAUCGCCUCGCGUUGAUUCCUUCACCAUUCAAAAGCAACAACUCUUGUGAUACCCCCAACCUCCAAGACCAAUUCAAGUGCGACCUUUAGGCGCUAAAGAAAAGUUUCCAUCUUCAUAUCUCGCAUUUCACCACAAUGGCACCCGUCGCAGUCGCCCAAGAAACCCCGGUGUUUAACACUAAGCGGGAUGGUCAGGCUCUUGAGGACUUGUCGGACGCCAUCGACAAGCUCAACGUUCUUAAGACCGAUUUGAAGGAGGAGAAGGAAAAAGGUCUGUACGAGGAGUCCGAGUUUGACAAGGAGAAGGACAAGACCAAGUUCCGCCAGUACGAGGAUGCCUGUGACCGGGUCAAGAACUUCUACAAGGAGCAGCACACCAAGCAGACGGUUGCAUAUAACUUGAAGGCACGCAAUGCGUUCCACUCAAAGACUCGCGCCGAGAUGACUGUAUGGGAGGCCAUGGAGAAGCUGAACACUUUGAUCGACGAGUCCGACCCGGACACCAGCCUUUCACAGAUCGAGCAUCUCCUGCAAUCCGCCGAGGCCAUUCGCCGCGACGGCAAGCCCCGCUGGAUGCAGCUGACCGGUCUCAUCCAUGACUUGGGAAAACUUCUGUACUUCUUCGACGCCCAGGGCCAAUGGGACGUCGUCGGCGACACGUUCCCCGUCGGCUGCGCUUUUGACGAACGCAUCAUCUACGGCCGCGACUCAUUCAAGGAGAACCCGGACUACGGCCACGGGAUUUACGACACCAAGUACGGCAUUUACAGUCCCGGCUGUGGUCUUGACAACGUGAUGAUCUCCUGGGGCCACGACGAGUACCUUUACCAUGUUGUCAAGGACCAGUCCACCCUUCCUGCGGAGGCUCUGGCCAUGAUCCGCUACCAUUCUUUCUACCCCUGGCACAACGCUGGCGCCUACCAGGAGUUGAUGAACGAGAAGGACAAGGAGAUGUUUAGGGCUGUCAAGGCUUUCAACCCUUACGAUUUGUAUAGCAAGAGCGACGGUAUUCCCAGUGCUGAGGAGCUCAAGCCCUACUACCUCGAAUUGAUCGACGAGUACUUCCCCAGCAAGGUCAUCAAGUGGUAGAAGAUACCCUGAAUAAAAAAAAUUCUGUUUUCUGUCCAGUCCACCGCCUGAACC